ACCAGAUCGCCCCGCCCAGCCCGCGCACCGGUGACAACGGCACCGGUGACUUGGCCGUUCGACCAUGGCGCGGCUGGCGCUGAACCUGACCGCGGGCAUUACCGAGUUCUCCAGUCGGAUGUCCCUCAAGAGCAUGUUCUCACAGUUCGGAGAGGUGACGUCCUGUUGGGUGCCACCAGUCGAGGCCCGGCGCAAGGAGACCGCCUGGGUCAAGUUUAGCACCAGCGCCCAAGCCGAGGCAGCGUUGAAUGCGGUGAGUGCCGGGCAGAUCUACCUGGACGGUGUGAAGGUGGAGGCUGAAUGGAGAUCGGCGCCGGCCAAGACACAGGACAGCCGAGACUUUGACGCCAAGGGCAGCAACUUGUUCUCCUCUCGAGACUUGAUGAUGGGCCGGGUGCGGAAAGAGCAGCGUGACGAGGGCCGGUCCACCCGGCAUGGAGGCCGCGAUGACCGGCGGCGGCGGGACCGCAGCCGAAGUCGCGAUCGGGACAGGCGCAACGACAAGAAGAAAGAGAAGAAGAGGAAGUCCCGCAGUAGCAGUAGCAGCAGUAGCAGUAGCAAGAGCAAAAAGAAGAAGGAAAAAGGAGUAAAGAUCGUGCGCUUGCCGUCCAAGAAGGGUGACGGUACCAUUGAGAUUGACAGUGACUGAGCACCGGAAAGAUCAAUCUAUAGUCAGUAACGCGGCCGUUUCAUCAGAGAAAAGCCGACGGAUCUGCAAAAAAAGAGACACCAAAGACCGAUC